GGGGGCAUGGGUGGUGUGAGUGUGUCCCCCUCAAAAGCCAUAACCAACCUGCUGGCUCUGGCCCCUGUGGGGGAGGGGGCACCUUCCUCUUGGAGGGAGGCCAGCAUAUAAUUCCCUGGCCGCCUCAGCGUGUCGGGGAGAGAGGCACCCGCUGAUAACCAUCGGGGGAGGUUUUGCAACUCCGUGUGGGAAGCCUCCUGGGCUGCGGGCUGGCGGAGCAGUGCCUGCCUCUUUGGGAUGGUCCGGGUGGUAGCUGCCGACACUGCUAGGCGUACGAGGCCCCGGGCAAGGGCUGAGGAGCCUGUGCCAGAGAUGAAUCGAGCCACGCCAUGAAGCCAGGGGGCUGCUCGCAGGCCCAAGACGCUGCUCACAUAUUCGGGGUGCCUCCUGCACCUCGACCUGGGCCUGAAGCCUUUACCAGCCUUUGGGACUGCCUCCUGGAGGAGCUCGGCAGGCCCAGGCGGUGGCUGUGCGCGCCACCCGUGGGUGUCCCGGCCGACGGGAGAGACGGCCCGUUUCUCGGCUCGGGGCCGGCAGGGCAGCUUGGCCUGAGCUCCAGCAGGAGAGCAGCUUCCGAGGGGCGAGCACUGGGGGGCCGAGGAGAUGGAAGAACAGGUGUUCAAGGGGGACCCAGACACUCCUCAUUCCAUCUCCUUCUCCGGCAGUGGGUUUCUCUCCUUCUACCAGGCCGGGGCCGUGGAUGCCCUUCGAGACUUGGCCCCCCGGAUGCUGGAAACCACCCAUCGCUUUGCUGGGACGUCAGCAGGUGCAGUGGUCGCAGCUCUGGUCAUCUGUGGGAUUGAAAUGGAUGAGUACCUCAGAGUCCUCAAUGUAGGUGUCGCGGAGGUGAAGAAAUCCUUCCUGGGGCCCUUGUCACCGUCCUGCAAGAUGGUGCAGAUGAUGCGGCAGUUUCUGUACAGGGUCCUGCCAGAAGACUCCUACAAGGCGGCCACAGGGAAGCUCCACGUGUCCCUCACUCGCUUCACAGAUGGAGAGACUGUCGUGGUUUCAGAGUACACAUCCAAGGAAGAGCUCAUCGAGGCCCUCUACUGCAGCUGCUUUGUCCCCGUGUACUGUGGCCUCAUCCCCCCAACUUACCGUGGUGUGCGCUACAUUGACGGGGGCUUCACAGGCAUGCAGCCCUGCUCCUUCUGGACUGACGCCAUUACCAUCUCCACCUUCAGCGGGCAACAGGACAUCUGCCCCCGGGACUGCCCCGCCAUCUUCCACGACUUCCGCAUGUUCAACUGCUCCUUCCAGUUCUCCCUGGAGAACAUCGCCAGGAUGACCCAUGCCCUGUUCCCGCCGGACCUGCUCAUCCUGCACAACUACUACUACCGAGGAUACGAAGACGCCGUUUCCUACCUGAGGCGGCUGAAUGCUGCUUACCUCAAUUCUCCCUCCAAGAGAGUGAUGUUCCCCCGUGUAGAAGUGUACUGCAAUAUAGAACUUGCCCUUGGCAAUGAGUGCCCUGAACGCAGCCAAACAAGCCUCCAAACGGAGCAGGAAGAAUCCAUACAACCUCACACACAGUGGGCUCCUGAAGGGGAAGGAAAGUGCCGCCACGGUCCACUUGUGUCCUCACCUGUGCAGACACCUGAAUCCACACACGAGUGGCCUGCUGAGUCACCUGUUUCACCUCCUGUCUCUUCAUUUGAGCAGUCACCUGCAUCUCCACUGGCCUCAUUACCAUCACAUUCCCCAUCUGACUUGCCCCCUCUCUCACUCCCAGCUGUGCCCUUACCACUCAGCUCCACAGCUGUGCUGUCACGUGUAUCAGCACAGCAGCGGGUACAAACGACUGGAUCACCGCCAAGAUCCCCACCCUCCCAGGCAUCUCUGUCACCCAGGCCAUCCCUGGGGCCUUCAUCUGUAGGGGCAUCUCAAACACUGCCCCAGUGUUCUCCUUCAGCGUCAUCUGCACAGCCACCUGUGGAGGAAUUGGGCCCAGAACAGCCCCAAGCUCCCCUUGCCUCUUCAAAUCUGAAAGGUGCCAUGUCCUUGGUCAAUGUGAAGGAAACCACCAGCAAGCCUCACGCCAUGGGGAGCCCUACUGAAGACUCCAACUGGAUGAGCAAGAUGUUCAAGAAGAACAAACAAAAGACAAGUAGCACCAGAAAAGGCUUCCCAAGACACCCACCAUCCAAAAAAACAGGCGGCAAAAUGCAGUCUGCUCCCUGCCCACUCGACUUCUCUCUGCUCUCCACUUCCAAGACAGUUUGGGUCACCUACAGGCCUCACCCCAGCUGGAUCCAGGAAUACAGCGACCCUGAGGUGUGGAACUGCCCAGGUGCCUGCUCUAUUCCCAGAUGUUGCGGUGACCUCUGAGCUCCGUCCCCCAGUUUCCUUUCUGACCCCACCCACCUCUUCCUGGUCAUAGUCAAAGCCAGCACUAACCCAUAUAUUGCCUUGUGCGCUAAGAAAACUGUACCCUUUCCUGGAGCACUUGAUUGCCAGCUGCCGGAAGAUUGUGAUAAUAUACUGAUUUUGUUAAAACAGUUGGCCGCCACCUGCUAGAAAUCUGUAUGAAUGUCAUACAAAGCUACCAAACUGUACAAAUAACACAGAAAACUGUACAAAUAACAUGCGGCAUAAAUACGUCCAUGAGAUGCCUCCCCUGUGUACUGGCAGGGUCUCCUUGUGCAGUCUGCAGUCUAGACAACUGCGCUCAGCGCUCUGGAGGUCACUCUACUUCUUUCCCCUUCCUGAAAAAACAAAUAUUAAUCAGACUUUUGUAAAUCGAAUAAUAUUUCAAACACUCUUUUAUCAACUCCUGCUCUGCAAAUGGGAUUCUCCAUUUGCAAAAAACAAAACAAACAAAAAAAAUACCUUGUAUAAUAAAGUGGGAUUUGUUAACUGAUUUUUUUUAUACAAAUUGAGAUUUCCAAUUUCCACGCAUCAGACUGGCUAGAAUGGGGCCUGGCUACUUGCUUGGGGCUGCCCGACACAUAGGAAGCUGUGAGGGAUGUUCUCAGCGGAAA